AUGGAAAACAAUAAUGAUGUUCCAUCUAUCCUAAAAUCUAAUUUACAAACCAAUCGUAGAUCCCUAAAAAUUUCAGUAGUACAUCCAACUGAUGAAUCACUUACUAAUGUAUAAGAUGAGGAGAGGUUUUUAUAUGAGAAGCGCUAAUGGGAAAUCAGCAUUCAAUCAGUUUCCAUAGAAAACAUUUAAAAAGAAUAAAUGGAAAAGUAUAAAGGGGAAUGGAACUGGGGUGCCUUUAUAGAGUUUUUCUUAUAUCAUUAGGUAAUCUUUUAAUUUUGGAAUUUAGAUUUUCUUCACAUUAUUAGGACCAUUUAUGGUGAUAUUGUUUAGUAUAUGGCCAGGUUUAACAUUAAUGAAAAAUAUGAAAUUUUAUGGAAAUUCUAUGGCCUUUUAUAUGUAAACUCUUUUAUGGUUUGGAUCAGUAUUAGGAGGUCUUGGUUAUUUUUUAUGGGAUGAAAGUUUAAUAACACUAACUGAAAUAUUAUUCCUUUGGUAUGCAUUAACAAUUCGAAGUGUUGUAAUAGCAGCUAAAUAUGCUACUUUUAGUAGGAGCGUAAUACAUUUGUAUAAGAGUACUCUACUACCAGAGGAAGUAUUUUAAUUUGAUUUGAUGAUGGGAGAAUGGAGAGAAUAAUCUCCUAAAAUUCUAUUUUUGGAACCUUAUCGUUCUCUGUAACGUUACUAAUUUGAAAUUUCUUUAUUUAAAAUGGAUUUUAUAGUAUAGCCACAUUAAGAAACAAAAGUAGCUAUUGCGAAAGUUGAUAUCAAUUUUUUUAGAGAUACAGGUAUAUCUUUAGAUGAUGAUGAAUAUUCUGGUUUUAAAUUAUUUGGCUACUUAGUACAUCAUUAUUAAAUGAAAAACUCACCUAACACUCAUAUGUAUUUAUGUGUUUUCGAAGCAUUUAUUCUUUCGACAACUCCAAUGUGGUUGAGAAUAAGUGAUUUACUUGAUUCAGUAGAAGCAUUAGAUAUGUUUAGAAUGGGUAUAGAUAUAUUUAUAUAUAAUUUAAGUGUUGAACAUUGUCUCAUCUUUUAUUGGAUUUUGGGGUAGCAACAUUUUCUUUCAUUAAGCCUUUUAUGAUUUUAAUAGGAAAUUCUUUUUACUUGAAUAAUUAUUACUUAUAAUAAAAGUUAGACCAGAUCAAGUUGAAUAACUUAAAUUAUUACCAACACUUAACUUUAAUAAUAUUACUACAUGGCAAGCAUGGUCAAUGAUGAGAGCAAUUUCAUUUGAUUAUGGUCAAACUUACAAUCUCAGAACAUAAGGCUUUUAUUCUCUCUGUUUCUUAGGAUUUAUUGUUUUGAUAUUCCUAUCAUUAUUGAUAAUUUUAGAUUUUGUCCAUCUCGACCUAUUUCAACUCAUCCUAUUAGGUGAAUUAGCAAUCAUGAUUUUAGGUUUUACUGCCUACUAUCUCUACUUAGGUGCUAAAUUAAAUACAUAUUUGGAUUAAUGUGAAGUAGCUCUCUAAGAUGUUAAAUCUAUAUAUUAAGAUCUUUUACGAAUGAAGGAUGUCUACUUUGAAUAAAACAAAGAACCUUAAAAUUAUAUACAUAAGAAAUUCAAAUAACUUUUACAAAAUGAAAGUCAAGUUGAGGAAGUCAUUAAAUCUAUCAUACAAGAAUUAGAUGAUAAUAUUAGAAUAAUACAAUAUGAUUCUAGAAAUAACCCAUUUAAACUUUAUGGGAUUAAAAUUACUUUUAAUUUACUCAAAAGUGCUGCAGUUGGACUCAGUACUAUUUAUAGUUAUUCACUUUAGUAAAGAUUUAUGAAUAUUAAAUGA